AUGCAUACAUUAGUUGUACUAGCAUUACUCGGCGCAGUAGCUGCACAUCCCCCUUAUGGCACAUUCCCAGUCUAUUUUCCACCCACAAUCAAUGAACCUAUCGUCGCUAAUGUACGUGGUGGACGUGAUUACGGACGUUUCCUUGACAUCUUCGACGGUCCUCACAUGCGUUAUCCAAUAGGUGGUUUCCCCGGAUUUCCUGGAUUUCCUGGUAUUUAUCCUCCAUUCUACUGGGGACGACACCACGGAGGACAUCAUAGACGUGACAGUGGCAGCAGACAUCGUCGUGCUUGUGACAGCCUAGACAGCCAGGAUUGCUGA